UUUGACCACGAACAUGGGCCACAAAAAUCAUUUGAACUUUUUGAAAAAAGUCAGACUGAUUUGCGGUUUCGUCGACCACAAGGAGCUGAAGUACCAGAACAAGUUGUUCAAAGCCUUUUACAGGGUCUACUCUCUCAUAGCCACCCCGCUGUACCUGAUAAACAUGUCGCUGAUGAUCAUAGAGAUGUUCAAAGAGUCGGACAACCCCCAAAUCAUGGGCGAGACACUUAGCUACUCGACCCUCUACAUCGUGAUGUACGUGAGCCUGCUCUACAUCGAGUCCAAAAACGUCCAAGACCUGUACAGAGCCAUCGACAAGAAGGAGGAGGCCCUGCUCAAGACGGCCAACAGCAGCAUCCGGGACAUCUACGAGAAGCACACCGAAAUAAACAACGUGGUGGGGGCGCAAAUAUUCGGCGUGUGCGGCGUGUUCUGCUGCUGCCUGGUCGUGCACCACGUCAAAGUGUUCGAAGGCGAGUGGGCCUUCAUUUUCUUUCAGUGGUUCCCGUUCAACGCCGACAACUAUUACAUCCCCAUUCUGUUGAAUCAGCUUUGCUUUCUGUGCGUCGCCCUGUUUUACAUGAUGUACACCAAGUUGGCCGUAAUCGCAUUUUCCACCUACAUACUGGCUCACAUCAAGGUGCUGCAGCAUUUCAUCGUUAACAUCGACCACUACGCGAAGUACGUGCUGGAAAACGACGGGCUGGAAGACAUGCACGACGCUCGUUAUGUUGUGCUAAAACAAUGCGUCCAGAGCCACAAUGAAAUUAUCGAAUACGUCGAUUUGGUGAGGCAGAACACCAGCACGUUCAUUUUGCUUGAUUUUAUGUUGACGUCGUUGCAGCUCGGCUCCAUUCUGAUUUCUCUGAUGACUGAAGGAUUGAAUGAGAGACUUGUGGAUAAGGUGGUGUUGUGGUACUACUUCACCUUGAACAUCCAUUGGAUGUGGGUUACUUACUUUUAUGGCAAUGAAAUUAUGGUUGAGAGUGUUAAUAUUUCUGUGUUGGCGUACUCAGAAGUUGAGUGGAACAAUUUCGAUUUGAAGGCUCAACAAGGACUCAUCAUGAUGAUGGCUAAGGCUCAGGUACCUCUAUCUUUGUCCAUUGGGCCUUUGGCUGAUUUAUCACUUCAAGCCUUUCUAACUGUUAUCAGAGCAACUUUUUCUUACAUGACUUUUAUGAAAACGAUUUACGAAUAAAGACUAAAUCGUUUUAAUCCUGGAUAAACAAACACAUCAACACACACCAAUAGAUAUACAGAAUUAAAAUUGUGCAAAGAGUUGGAAAAUAUUUGUUAAAUGUAUUUUCUAUUAUAUUAAAUAAACUGCAAAAUGAAAACAUCACAAAAAUAAAAUAAAUUAUUAAUUUUAAAUAAUGUUUUAUGUAUUUUAAAUUUAAUGCACUUGUUUAAUCUGUUUAAUAAAUUCAUAAACUGAUUAAAAUG